AUAUUUCCUCUUGUUCAUCGAUUGAUCUCAAUUGAACACAUAUAUUUUGUGCCAAAAAAGAGGUGGGAGUAAGACAAUACUUCAUCAUAGUAUAUAAAUAAAUAUAUAUACAUGGCUCAUCAGUACGGGGGAGACAACAACCCCUACGGCAGCGGAGGCCGCCGGACCGACGAGUGGGGCAACCCUGUUGGCUUGAAGGACGAGUGGGGCAACCCUGUGCCACAAGCUGGCGAGUAUGGUAACAACCCUACGGCGGCGGGCCACCACGGCAUUGGCGGCACCAUGGCGGGAGUGGGACCCUAUGCAAACACCACCGCUCCGUCCGGGAUUCUGGGGGGCGGCGGCAUGGCCGCCGGCGAUGGCUACAAGACACACGGAGUUGAGACUGGGAGGGAGCACCAUGGUGGUACUAUUGGCGGCAUGCUCCACCGCUCUGGUAGCUCCAGCUCCAGUUCUUCGGAGGACGAUGGGGAAGGUGGGAGGAGGAGGAAGAAGAAGGGGAUAAAGGAGAAGAUCAAAGAGAAGCUGCCGGGGAGCGGCGGCUGUCACACCAAGGGUGAGUAUGGGCCCACCACAGGGCACCCUAGUGCCGGAGGCGGCGGCGGCUAUGGCUAUGGAGGAGAAGAGCAUCACGAGAAGAAAGGUUUUAUGGACAAAAUCAAGGAGAAGCUCCCCGGCGGCGGCCAUCAUUAAUUAAUUAAUAUAUAUAAUUAGAACCUGAUGAUCGAUGAGGACUACCUGCUAGAGAUCUAUCUAUAUAUUUAUAUCCAUCCUAUCCAGUCGUUAUAAUUAUAUAUAUACUCCUAUCAUCAUCAUCAUCAUCAUCAUCAUUAUAAAAUAAAGAGGGUGUUAUUAUCAUCCUUAAUUAUAUAAAUAAGGCGGCUGUUUCAUGUAUGAUAAGAUUAAUAAUCCUGAAUGAAAUUAAAUGGUGUGGUUUUGUAUGAAAGAUCAAUUAUCAAUCGUU